CGCCUGCGAGCCCUGAGCGCGCCCGCGGCCAUGGUGCCCGCGGCGGCGCCCGGCGCCUGAGCCCCGGGAGGCGAGCCGUGGAGGCAGGCGGCCGGCUGUGCGGGCGCAACGGAGAGGUCGACAGAAGGUGAGCGCUGUGGGCUAUGGGAUGGAUGAGGUGGAGCAGGACCAGCAUGAGGCCCGACUCAAGGAGCUGUUUGACAGUUUUGACACGACGGGCACUGGGUCCCUGGGACAGGAAGAACUCACCGACCUUUGUCACAUGUUGAGCUUGGAGGAAGUGGCCCCAGUGCUGCAAGAGACUCUGCUUCAGGACAAUCUCUUGGGCAGGGUGCAUUUUGACCAGUUUAAAGAAGCAUUAAUACUUAUCUUGUCUAGAACGCUAUCCAACGAAGAACACUUUCAGGAACCAGCAUCUGUGAGUGUCAGCUGCCAACAAGUAGCUCGGGUGUCUGGGCCGCUCCUGAAUACUCACAAGCUGACACACUCUCUUCUGAUAAAAGACUGCUCACUAGAGGCUCAGCCCAAAUAUGUUAGAGGUGGGAAGCGUUAUGGACGAAGGUCCUUACCUGAGUUUCAAGAAUCCGUGGAGGAGUUUGCAGAGGUGACAGUGAUUGAGCCACUAGAUGAAGAAGCCCGGCCUUCACACAUCCCGACCGGUGACCGCAGCGAGCACUGGAAGACGCCACACAGUGAGGAGUAUGAAGCGGAAGGCCAGUUAAAAUUUUGGAAUCCAGAUGAUUUGAAUGCCUCCCAAAGUGGGUCUUCCCCUCCCCAAGACUGGAUAGAAGAAAAACUGCAGGAGGUUUGUGAAGAUUUGGGGAUUACCCGUGAUGGUCACCUGAACCGAAAGAAGCUGGUCUCCAUCUGCGAGCAGUAUGGUUUGCAGAAUGUCGACGGAGAGAUGCUUGAGGAAGUCUUCCAUAAUCUUGAUCCUGAUGGUACAAUGAGUGUAGAAGAUUUUUUCUAUGGCCUGUUCAAAAAUGGAAAAUCUCUUACACCAUCAGCAUCUACUCCAUAUAGACAAUUGAAAAGGCACCUCUCCAUGCAGUCUUUCGAUGAGAGUGGACGACGUACCACGACCCCAUCGGCGAUGAUGAGUACCAUGGGCUUCCGGGUCUUCUCCUGCCUGGAUGACGGGAUGGGCUAUGCAUCAGUGGAGAGAAUACUCGACACCUGGCAGGAAGAGGGCAUUGAGAACAGCCAGGAAAUUCUGAAGGCCUUGGAUUUCAGCCUUGAUGGAAACAUCAACUUGACAGAAUUGACACUGGCUCUUGAAAAUGAACUUUUGGUCACCAAGAAUGGCAUUCACCAGGCAGCUCUGGCCAGCUUUAAAGCUGAGAUCCGGCAAUUGCUGGAGCGAGUUGAUCAAGUGGUCAGAGAAAAAGAGAAGCUACGGUCAGAUCUGGACAAAGCUGAGAAGCUGAAGUCUCUAAUGGCCUCAGAGGUGGAUGAUCACCAUGCAGCCAUAGAGCGACGGAAUGAGUACAAUCUCAGGAAAUUGGACGAAGAGUACAAGGAGCGCAUAGCAGCCUUAAAGCAUGAACUCCGAAAGGAGAGAGAGCAGAUCAUGCAACAGGUGGGCAAACAGCGCUUGGAACUUGAGCAGGAAAUUGAAAAGGCAAAAACAGAAGAGAACUAUAUCCGGGACCGCCUGGCCCUCUCUUUAAAGGAAAACAGUCGUCUAGAAAAUGAGCUUCUGGAAAAUGCAGAGAAGUUGGCAGAAUAUGAGAAUCUGACAAAUAAACUUCAGCGGAAUUUGGAAAAUGUGUUAGCAGAAAAGUUUGGUGAUCUUGAUCCCAGCAGUGCUGAAUUCUUUCUGCAAGAAGAGAGGCUGACACAGAUGAGAAAUGAAUAUGAGCAGCAGUGCAGGGUAUUACAAGACCAAGUGGAUGAACUCCAGUCUGAGCUGGAAGAAUAUCGUACACAAGGCAAAGUUUUCAGACUUCCCUUAAAGAACUCGCUGUCAGAAGAACUUGAUGUUAACAGUGGUUGCCUUGAACCUGACCAGGGGCUUGGUUCUGAAGAAUGCAACCCACUGAAUAUGAGCAUUGAGGCGGAGCUGGUCAUCGAGCAGAUGAAAGAACUUCAUCACCGGGACUUGUGCCGCCUAAGACUGGAGCUUGAAGAUAAAGUGCACCAUUAUGAAAAGCAGCUAGGUGAAACCAAGGCUGCCUGUGAAAAGGAGCAGGAGAACAUGAAGCAAAAGUAUGAGAAUGAAGUGCACAUCUUGGAAAAACAAAUAAGUGACCUUAAAAAUCAAAUUGCAGAACUUCAGGGCCAGGCAGUGGUGCUCAAGGAGGCACAACAUAUGACUACCUGCAGACACGAGGAGGAGAAACAACAACUGCAAAUGAGGUGGGAUGAAGAAAAGACUCUCCUGCAGGAGAAGCUGAGGCUGGAGCAUGAGGCAGAGCUCAAGGAGAAACUGGAGCAGGCGGAGGAAAACUUUAACCGAGAGAGGGAAGGGCUUAUUCACAGUGGUGCCUGGACCGAAGAGAAGGUGAGAGGCUUGACUCAGGAACUAGAGCAGUUUCAUCAGGAGCAGCUGAAAAGCCUGGUGGAGAAGCAUACUCUUGAGAAAGAGGAGUUACGCAAAGAGCUCUUGGAAAAACACCAAAGGGAACUUCAAGAGGGAAGGGAAAAAAUGGAAAUUGAGUGUAAUAGAAGAACCUGUCAGAUAGAAGCCCAGUUUCAGGAGGAUUGUCAGAAAGUCACUGAGAGAUGUGGAAAUGCUCUGCGAAGCCUGGAGGGGCACUACCGCCAAGAGCUUCAGGAGCUCCUGGAACAGCAGCACGAAGAGAGAGCCCAGUGGGAGUUUGAGAAAGACGAGCUCACCCAGGAGUGUGCAGAAGCCCAGGAGCAGCUUAAAGAGACUCUCCAAAGAGAGAAAGCAACUUCUCUGGUCCUAACCCAGGAGAGAGAGAUGCUGGAGAAAACAUAUAAAGAACAUUUGAAUAGCAUGGUUGUUGAGAGAGAGCAGCUGCUCAAAGACCUGGAAGAUCUAAGAAAUAUGUCUGAAAGUCAGCAGAGCCUACUGUCCAACCAGGUACUUGAGCUGAAAAGCAGUCACGAGAGAGAGCUGAAGGACCGCGAGCAGGUCCUGUGCCAGGCAGGCGUCUCAGAGCAGCUGGCCAACCAGUGGCGUCAAAGGCUAGAAAUGGAACGUGACCAGGAGAGGCAGGAAAUGAUGUCCAAGCUUCUGGUCCUGGAGAAUAUCCACAAAGUGACCUGUGAGAAAGCAGAUCAAGACAGAGCCAAGAUGAGCACAGAAAUCUCCCGGCUUCAGAAUAAAAUUAAGGAAAUGCAGCAGGUGGCAUCUCCUCCCUCCAGACUUCAGAAUGGCUGCCAGGAAAUAGGAGGGGAAGAGACAGAAGGAAGUGGAGCCAUGUCCCUGCUCCAGCAAGGAGAGCGGCUGUUGGAAGAGAACGGAGAUGUCCUCUUAAGCCUGCAGAGAGCUCACGAACGAGCAGUGAAGGAAAAUGUGAAAAUGGCUACUGAAAUUUCUAGAUUGCAACAGAGGCUGCAAAAAUUAGAGCCAGGAUCAGUAAUGUCUUCUUGUUUAGAUAAGCCAACUACUGGAUUUUUUGGAAAUUCUGUGGAACAAACAGAGCCAUUUUUACUGCAAAACCGAGUGAAGCAAAUAGAAGGUGUCCUGAGUGAUCUGCAAGACGAUGAGGUUCAGGAUCUGGAAAGCACAGGAACGAGCUCUGUUCAGAGACAGGAGGUCAAAAUAGAGGAGUCUGAAGCAUCAAUAGAGAGUUUUUCUGAGCUUGAAAAUAGUGAGGAGACCAGGACUGAAACCUGGGACCUAAAGAAUCAGGUUUGUCAACUUCAGGAACAACUAAGGAUCUUACAUGCAGAUUGCGAUCGAGCUUCUGAAAAGAAACAAGACCUCCUGUUUGAUGUUUCUGUGCUCAAAAAGAAACUAAAUGUGCUUGAGAGAAUCCCUGAGGCUUCUCCCAAGUACAAAUUGUUAUAUGAAGAUGCUAGUAGAGAAAACGACUGUCUCCAGGAAGAGCUGAGAGUGAUGGAGACACGCUAUGAUGAAGCACUAGAAAACAACAAAGAACUCACUUCAGAGGUUUUGAGAUUACAGACUGAGCUAAAGAAAGUUGAAGAAGUGACCGAAACAUUCCUUAGCCUCGAAAAGAGUUAUGAUGAGGUCAGAAGAGAAAACGAGGAUCUACAUGUUCUGGUUUUAAGACUUCAGGGCAAGAUUGGGAAGCUGCAAGAAAGAGCAAUGUUCCGGUGUGACUGCUUCUCCUUGUGGGAGACCCACUUAGAGAACUUGGACGAUGAACCUGAUGAAAAGGCAGUUGAACUAAAUCAGACACUGGAAGCGUGUGUGCCGAAGGUGAUGAAUGUACACCAUAUUAUAGAAGGACAUUAUCAAGAAAACCAGUAUCUUGAGCAGAAUACACAGAUCCUGGAAAAAGUAAAAGCACAUGAAAUUGCCUGGCUACACAGAACAAUCCGGACACAUCGAGAAAAGCCUGGAGAACAGAACCAAGUUAUACUGGAGGAAAACACUGCUCUCCUAAGCCGGCAAGACAGACAUUUUCAGCGUCGAGCCAUGAUAGCAGAGUUAGAACUGGAGAAAAAAAAGCUGCAGGAGCUGACUAGGAAGUUGAGGGAGAGAGUCACUAAUUUAGUUAAGCAGAAGGAUGUACCUUCUCAAGGAGGAAAGGAGGAAGAGCUGAAGGCAAUGAUGCUUGACUUGCAAAGCACGUGCAGUGAGAUGCAGCAAAAAGUUGAACUUCUGAGAUAUGAAUCUGAGAAGCUUCAAGAAGAAAAUUCUAUUUUGAGAAAUGAAAUUACCACUUUAAAUGAAGAAGAUAGCAUUUCUAACCUGCAACUGGAGAAAUUAAAUGGAUCUCAGGAAGAAAUAUGGCAAAAAAUAGAAACUAUAAAAGAGGAGAAAGCUGCAGUUCAGAAGAUGGUUGAAAAUUUAAAGAAACAGAUUUCAGAAUUGAAAACCAAAAACCAACAGUUGGAUUUGGAAAAUGCAGAACUUAGCCAAAAGAACUCUCGAAAUCAGAAAGAAUUACAAGAACUUAAUCAGCGUCUGGCAGAAGUGCUGUGCCAGAAGGAUGAAGAGCCAGGACACAGCACAUCUGAGGAGUGGGAAGCAGAAAAGUCUCAUCUGAAAGAAGAACUGGAACACUGUAAAGUACAGUCCUCUACUGUAGUGUCUUCCCUGGAGGCAGAACUUUCCGAAGUUAAAAUACAGACUCAUAUUGUGGAACAGGAAAAUCUCCUUCUCAAAGAUGAACUGGAGAAACUGAAACAACUGCACAGAUGUCCUGAUCUCUCUGACUGCCAGCAAAAAAUUUCUAGUGUUCUAAGCUACAAUGAAAAACUGCUGCAAGAAAAGGAAGCUCUAAGUGAAGAAUUAAAUAGCUGUGUUGAUAAGUUAGCAAAAUCAAGUCUUUUAGAGCACAGAAUUGCUACCAUGAAGCAAGAACAGAAGUCUUGGGAACACCAGAGUGAAAGCUUAAAGGUGCAGUUAGUAACUUCACAGGAAAAGGUUCAGAAUUUAGAGGAAACCCUGCAGGAUGUAAACCUGCAAAUGUCCCAGAUUAAAUCCGACCUACAAGUGACUCAGCAGGAAAAGGAGUCUUUAAAACAAGAAGUAAUGUCAUUACAUAAGCAACUUCAGAAUACAGGUGACAAGAACUGGGCCCCAGAAGUAGCCACCCAUCCAUCAGGAUUCCAUAACCAGCAGCAAAGCCUCUCUUGGGACAAGUUGGAUCAUCUGAGGAAUGAGGAACAACAGCUGCUUUGGCAAGAGAAUGAGAGACUCCAAAAUGUGGUGCAGAACACCAAAGCGGAACUCACACACUCCCGGGAGAAGGUCCGUCAACUGGAAUCCAACCUUCUUCCCCCCAAGCACCAAAAACAUCUAAACUCCUCAGGUACAUUGAAGCCCUCAGAGCAGGAGAAGUUGAGCUUAAAGAGAGAGUGUGAAGAGUUUCAAAAGGAACGGUCUCCUACUAACAGGAAGGUCAAUCAGAUGAAUUCACUUGAACGAGAAUUAGAAACGAUUCAUUUGGAAACCGAAGGCCUGAAAAAGAAACAAGUAAAACUGGAUGAGCAGCUAAUGGAGAUGCAGUAUGUGAGGUCCACGGGGACGCUUAGCCCAUCCCCUCCUGCUUGGGACCUGCGGCUGCUCCAGCAGCAAGCCUGUGCCGUGGUGCCCAGGGAGCAGUUUCUGCAGCUUCAGCACCAGCUGCUGCAGGCAGAAAGGAUAAAUCAGCGCCUGCAGGAGGAACUUGAAAACAGGACCUCGGAAACCAACACACCACAGGGAAACCAGGAACAACUGGUAACUGCCAUGGAGGAACGAAUGAUAGAAGUUGAACAGAAAUUAAAACUGGUGAAAAGGCUUCUCCAGGAGAAAGUGAAUCAGCUCAAAGAACAACUCUGCAAGAACACUAAAGCAGAUGCCAUGGUGAAGGAUCUGUAUGUUGAAAAUGCCCAGUUGCUGAAAGCUCUGGAAAUGACUGAACAGCGACAAAAAACAGCAGAGAAGAAAAAUUACCUCCUAGAAGAGAAGAUUGCCAGCCUCAGCAAUAUAGUCAGGAAUUUGACACCAGCACCACUGAUUUCCACACCUCCCUUGAGAUCAUAGCAAAGCCAAAGGAUACAGUCAUAUUUGUGCACUUUACUGAAAUGGAUGGAACAUUUCAGUAGGCUCUCUCAACCUUUUUUUGUAUUUAUUUAUUUAAAAAACUUUUAAUGGCAUAAAGUUAAGCGUAACCUAAAACUGCCAGCAAUAGAAUUGGAGUCUCCGCUCAUUGUAAUGAGUUUUCCUAAAUAGACUCUAAUGGGAGUUGCAAACAAACAUUCACAUUUCACUGUUUCGAUUACUCCCAAGUUUUGAAUUUUAAAAUAUUCUAAUAGCCACCAAGAAGGUAGAUUUUGAAAACAAUUCAAGAAGCUUAAAACCUCAAUUUUGAAUGAAUUUUUAAAAAUCAUUACUAUAUACUAAUCAAUCUGUAAAUUCAAGAUAUUUUAAGUUUGAGAUCUAAUUUUGUUGUUUUGAUCUUUAUUUUAAACCAAAUGUAUGCCUUCCUCACAUUUAAAUAUGGGAAAGGCAUUCCGUUUCUAAUAGUUUGGUUCUUUGAACUAUUUGGCAGUCUUUCUAUUUGGUAACAGAAACUGGGCUCAAUAACUACUGAGGUCAGAAAAGCCAGAGUCUAUAGAACUCUACCUUCUAAUACCUGUGACAGUAUUAGCACUCUUGAGGUGUUAUAGAUACAAAACUGAUUUACUCAACUGCACUGUUAACUACCCUAUUUCCCCAAAAUAAGACCUAACCGGACCAUCAGCUCUAAUGCGUCUUUUGGAGCAAAAAUUAAUAUAAAGCCCAGUAUUAUUACAUUAUGUUAUA